GUUUUGUUUAGCUGUGAUUGACAGAGACAGACCGCUGCAGCAGCUGAGUCUGCCUUCUGCUCACACGGAGCAAAGGUUACUGCUAUUUAUACGCAUUCUCAAGCACACUUUUACACUGAUGGCAUCGCAUGUCUGCACAGCUUGGCUCAUGUUUCCCAGCAUCUCGCUCUGCUUUGGUGGAGUUCAACUCUUUACAUCCAUAUUUGUCCCUCAGAAACUGUGUCAUUGGGUCAACCUUCAUUCAUCCUGGUGGUGCAAACGUGUUUUGAUGAGUGUUGUGGGGGACCGGUGUCAGAGAGGAAAGCAGAGGGGGGGCUAAGGUUACAGUGGAAAUAGAGGGAUAUUCUGGAUCUGCUGGGCGUCUCAGGGUGAAGCACAAAUGCAGACGCUGCGUUUCUGCAGGUGCAAACAGACAAUCACCACAAGAAGGAGGACACCAACACUGAGCAGGAACUGGAGAGCUUUCCAACUGGAGUCUGGAAAAUGCAAGGAAAUCUUUUUUUUUUUUUUUUACAUGCACCAAAGGAUGUAAUGUGAGAUUUAUACACAUGUGAGACUUGUUAUGUUUAUUGCAUUUGAGUAGUCUCUUCUGGAACAAACAAGAUGCUGGAUUGCUUCCAUUAACAGCCAAUUCUCAGCUACUGGAGAUGUUACUUUGUAAAGACGGACAGCAAAUCACAUGAAGCACCGUCUGCUGACGAGGUCUGAAGUUCCGUCUGCACAAACACGCUGCUGACCUCCUUGUGCUCGCUUUGUUUCCGCCCUUGCUGCUGGACUGAGAUGUUUGUCAGCACGGCGUUGGUGUUUGUGACAGACCUGGCGGCCAGGUUGCUGGGUAACAGACUGUUCCGGCAGCACUUCCACCUGCUGCUGUCUGCGGCGGUGCUGUUCGGACCCGCUCUCAGCCUCUGGGUGUCCCCCCACAGUGUUUUUGCAAGGAAAAGCCACUUCCUGUACAGGUUGUUCCUGCGUUCCGGUUGGGGGUGGACGUGCAUCUUCGUGGGUUCUUUCAUCUUCCUCUUCUCCUUCUCCAUCCGCCGCUCCCUCUCCGUCUCCGUCCGUCAUCUCUCCAGGCUGGCGGUGGCCGGUGGACUGUGGAUCGGUUUCUGCAAACUUCUGGACCUCCUGGAGAACGCCACAGGAAGCUGCUAUGAAACUUUGAAUGCAGGCCCGGAAGUCUCCAACGGCCAGCCUCUGCUGGUGCUGAGGGAAGGGGAGAGCAGGUCCGAGUGCCUGAGGGCCGGGAUGUCGUGGAGGGGAUACGAGGUUUCAGAAGACGUCUUCCUCCUCUGUCUGUGCUGUCUGCUGCUGGCAGAAGAAACUGCAGUGUUCGGUCCAUAUCUGAGCCUCGGGGGGGUCUCAGACGCCCCUCUGAGGAUCCUCUUCUUGUUCUGUGUUCUCCUGCUCGGGCUUUGGAUCUUCCUGCUGCUCUGCCUCUUAGCGUACUUCCCCCAGUUUCCUACCCAGUUGCUGGGGGGAGCUUUGGGCUGCCUCAGUUGGAGGGCGUUGUACCAGGGCUGGUAUCGCCUGGAGCCCAACUGGUUUUGUCCUGGGAGGCCUGGUCAGGGGCUGCUGAACUCCAAGACCAGCACCUCACAGGAAGAGGAUUUGCUGAACCACAACCACCACAACUAACCGUCUGACCCCUACAACAAAAUAAAUGGACAAAAAUCCAUCUGUACCUUUCCUUGAAUAAAAAAAGGAUCUUCA